GUGUAGGGUGCCAUCAACUGAAUACAUAACGCAGUGGUCAUAGAAUCCUAGAAAAAAUCAAAUAAACGUGUGAACGGUCUUAUCGUGUUGACGAGCUACAUCGUUAAUCCCACUUGACUGUUGGCCUCCAUGAAAUAUACCUCAUUAAGCAAAAUGGUUUGUGUAAAGCAUGGCAGGUGCCGCGGGCGGGAGUGUCACGAUGACGCAGCAGCAGUGGCUUGAGUAUCAGGAGAGCCAGGCGGAGUGGCGGAGUGGCGGCCUUGGGCUGGGCAUCAUGCAGGCAGCUAGGCAGUUGCAGUUAGUAGUAUUAGUGCACCAGUGAGAAGCAGAGUAGAGAAGUGUUUACUGCCGGGCCGGAGUUACACCACUAUUGCCUCCAAGCCUACUGACGACCCUUGAAUAAUAUCUCUGCGGAUGCUUAUGACGCACUUGGGGAAGUGAACGUGCAUACGCUGGCUGGCUGUUGUCACUACACGCCGCACGGUUCUAACGUGAUGUACAACUGAACUUGAAUUAGAAUUAUUUAAGUUUCCCUACGUACAACUGAACUUGAAUUAGAAUUAUUCAGGUUUCUCUACGUUCACUCAUCGCAUCGAGUGAGGAAGAGCCAUGGUGCUGCUGGAGGUGGUGGCGGUGGUGGUGGUGCUGGUGCUGUUGGCUUUCUACUUCAACAAGGAUCCGCCAGGGCUGCCUCCAGGACCGCCCCGCUACCCAUUCAUCGGCUGCCUCUCUCAGAAUCAAACGAUAGAGGAGAGUAAGCAGUUUCAGAAAAAGUAUGGCGAUAUAUUCAGUGUGCGCAUUGGCAGCAAAACCAUGGUCACCAUCUGCAAUUACAAGACAAUCAAAGAAGCAUUUUCGAGAUACGAAUUUAUUGACAGACCAAAAUGGGAGUUCUUGAACUUCUUUUCAAACGGAGAGCUGGCAGGAGUCAUCUUCAGAAAUGGGGUGCCGUGGCAGACCCUGAGGCGGUUCCUGCUCCGCAACCUGCGAGAUAUGGGCAUGGGGAAGUCCCGGCUGGAUGACGUCAUCUUGAGGGAAGCCGAGGAACUGGUGAAAGACUUCAAAAAAUACACCCACGGCCCAACCUUCUUCCCGGGCUCGAUAAGCGUGGCCACCCUCAACAUCAUCUGGCAGUUGGUGGCGAGCCGGCGGUAUGACAUGGAUGACGAGGAAAUCAUAAAGUUCGUACACCUCGUUCAGGAAUUCCAAGAAGAUAUCACCGUGUUGGCGCUACCAGUAUUCUUUCCGUGGCUGAAGUACCUGCCGGGGCCCCUCCUGCGGCGACUGUGCAGGGAAGAUAAGCUGGAGGCAAACGCCAAGAUUGGCAGGAACAUAAUGGAGGAGGCAGUGAGAGAGCACCGCGCCUCCCUCAACCCCGACAGCCCCAGGGACGUGCUGGACGAGUUCCUGCUGGAGAUGGAAAACCAGAAGAACGACCCAAACUCCGUUUUUAAUGAACAAGACUUAAUCAAGACCAUCUUUGACUUAUUCACUGCCGGUUACGACACCACCUCCAACAUGUUGCGCUGGGUCAUCCUACACAUGGCCAACCAGCCAGAGGUGCAGCGCCGCGUGCAGCACGAACUGGACAAGGUGGUGGGCCGGGCCACCCUGCCCUCCCACGUUCACCGAUCACAGCUGCCAUACCUGGACGCCACCAUCAAUGAGGUGCUGCGUGUGUCCGCCGUGGCGAGUAACGGUGUACCUCACGCUGCAGUGCACGACACCUACCUCGAUCAACACUUUAUUCCAAAGGGAACUAUUGUCGUAGGAAAUAUCGGAUUUUGUCAUUCUGAUCCAAACUAUUGGGAUGAGCCAGAGGAGUUUCGACCGGAACGGUUUUUGAAUGAGUCUGGAAAACUGAGCGUCCCCAAGGAGGCCUUCCUGCCCUUCGGCAUAGGCAAAAGGAGUUGUCUUGGGGAAGCUCUGGCCAGGAUGGAGUUGUACGUGUUUUCGGCGGCACUGCUUCAGAACUUUACCUUUGGUGUUCCGGAAGGCCGGAGUGUGGACUUCAGUCCUCGAUUUUUUCCUGGCAAUAACUUUCCUAAGGACCAAGAGAUUGUCAUCAAGCUCAGGCACUGAGGCUUUUCAUGGUACGUUUGACGAAAAAUUUACUCGUGUGUGUGUGUGUGUGUGUGUGUGUGUGUGUGUGUGUGUGUGUGUGUGUGUGUGUGUGUGUGUGUAAUGGACAGAUCAAUGUCAUUUGGUUGUAAAGAUAAGUAAAAACUUAUUUCAUAA